AUGAUGGCGACCGCAAUAUCCAAGCCGGCCUCUCAUUCCCAGAAGAUGAAGCGGCCGCCCCCGCCUUUCGGCCAGGCCGCGGUCAACGGAGUCAAGGGCCAGCACCUCUCGUCUUCGCCCACCUCCGCCGCAAAACGUUUGCCCACGGGCGCCCCCAUCAACGCAAGUUCCAAUUUCACAAACGGCGUGGCCCAUGUGGCGAGUUCCACGACUAAAGGCCCCCUUAAUCGGACUAGGAAUCAGUCGCAAAGGCCCAUGGAUCAGCCCUCACGCUCUGGCCGGCCAGUAACCAGAACCGCCGUUGCAGAUAACACACACCGAGUUGGGAAAAGGGCACCAGAACCAUAUGUGAAAACUACAUCCUACAUCCUUAAGAAAUAUUCGAAAAGCCCCCCAUCCCUAAUUGUGCAUUUACAUCCUACACAUUUCCGAUUUGAGCAGCAAGACGGUAGCUUCCCUUACAACUCCGAGAUGAAGGUUAUCAUCGAGCACAUUCGCGCUGGGACUGUUCCACAUGAUCUGAUUGAGGAACUUCUGCGAGGUGGUGUGCAGUUCUAUGAAGGUUGCCUCAUCGUCCGUGUCAUCGAUCACAAAUCUGCUUCCGCGCAAGCAAGAAAAGUUUCCACAACCUCAUCCAACGAGAACAACACACCGUUCUCCCUACACAAUUACAACGAACACAUUACUCCGUCCGCUUUUGUUCCAUACCCAAAACAAAACCAGCUCACCUCGGCCACCCAAGGCACCAAGGCCGAUGGGGCCUCGGCUGCUAGUCAGCAGACAGAUGGUUCGGCCAUUGGUGAGCAGGUGGACGGCAAAAGCAGCAACACAGGUCAGAAAAAUUCCCCUGUGAAGCCUCGCGUAUUCACUACAGUACUCCAUCCCACUGCCCGCACUUUGCAGGCAGAGUUGACACUGCUGGUCACCACCCCUGAUCCGAGAGCCAACAAAACACCACCAGCUCAAUCAAGCUCCUCUGGUUCUUCAGCCACCCCUGGAAGCAGUCAUCCAGACCGCGGGCACGUCGCAAAGAGACAGAAAAUGCUGGUUGAGCCUGAAGAUCUUUUGGAAUUCGAAUCUAAAAUGACACAGGCAUUGGCGCCUCCUCUCUUCUUGGAACCUGUGCAUAGUUUCGAGGCUGCCCAAGAGUUGCUUAGGCACCUGGCAAGCCCACUGCAUUGCGACCCGCCACCCUUGCCCAAGCGCCGAAAGAGAACCGUUGCCGAACUUGCUGCUGACGAAGCCUUGGCGGCCGAAGAGGAGAGAUUUAUGCUUAUCAUGGACGAACGUCUGGAGCCCACGGCUUCUGGUCCGGGUGGUGCUGCGAAGGCUGCUGCCGUGGAUGAUGCGGGUGGUGUGGCGCCAUUUGAACCCCGAUUCUCCCGCUUCAAGACACUUGAAACGAUUCGCAUGCAACAUGAGGAGAAGGCUAAACGUGAACAUGAAAUGAAGCUCAAGCAGGAGUUGGCCAAGAGACAACAGCAGGAGCAAGAGAGAGAGCGGCGUCGUGCAAUUGAGCAGCGACAGGCCGAGGAACACGCGAAAGAGGAAUCUCGAAGACAACAACUUGCCGCGCAGCAAGCGCAGGCUCAACUCGCUGCACAACAGCAGAAUCGUCAUAUUAUGGCUCAGCCGAAUGGCGUCAGCCAAGGCCAGCAGUCUUCGCCUGUUGUACGUAACCAGACCCCACAUACCACUUCAUCACCACUGGUUGGUAACAUUAUGCCGCAGGCGGUUCCGAUGACAAUGACCGCAUCUGGAUCCGGCAGUCCGCCCCGACCUCCCUCUGCUUUGCAGCAUGCUCAUCCGAAUGUUAUGAGCCACCCGAUGGCACCUUCCAGAAGUCAACAAGGACCAAGCCGACAUGGUACUCCACAGAUGACUCAGGGCACACCGGCUAUGUCGCAUGCCACGCCAAUCAUGCGUAAUGUCACGCCUACUCAGCGGAUGGGUCAUGGCAGUCCAACCCACUCGAUGGGCCAGACUCCGGUGAUGAAUCAGGGCAUGGCACCUACGCCGCAAAUGAAUGGGGGCAUGCCUUUCACACCACAACAGCAGAUGAUGUUACAACAACACCGACAGCAAGCGCUUCUUCAAGCGCAACAACAAGGACAUAUGCAGCACAAUCAGUUCACGCCGCAGCAGCUAGCCCAACUACAAGCUAAUGCCCACGCUCAACAAAAUAUACAAUCUCAUCAACACCAAAUGCUACAGCAGCAGCAGCAGCAACAACAAAACCAUCAGGGUGUUCCCAAACUUAGUCAACAAGGCCAGCAAGCAUACCAGGCUCAGCUCAUGCGUGCUCAGUAUGCGCAAAUGCAAAUAGUCAAGCAGCAACAGCAAGGGCAGCACCCACCGAUGCAGGGCCAGCAAGGCCAGCCACAUCAAGGCAAUCCGCAGUUAACACCCCAACAGCAGCAAAUGCUGUUGGCAGCUACACAGGCGAAUGGUGGCCAAAUGGGUCAAAAUGGACAGCCCAUGAACCAGGCACAAAGAUACACCCAGCUCUACCAACAACGACUGCUUCGCAUGCGGCAUGAUAUGUCAGCACGGUACAUGUCUCAGUACGGCCCGCCAAACCAGUACCCUUCCAAUAUUGCGCAACAGUAUGGCCCUGGUCUGGAAAAGACAGCCAAAGCGUGGGUCUCCGAGGUUAUGCGACGUGAGCGGGAUGGCGGACAGCAACAGCAGCAACAGCGGGCUGCGUUGCAAGCCCAGCAAAUGCAAGCGCAGGGCUCGAUGCACAGUAUGGGUGGCCUGAACAACUGA